GCGCGCAGCGUGGCCGCCGCCGCCAGUCCCGCCGAGGCAUCCCGCGCCGCACCGGGCCUGACUGGGCUGGGGGCGCCGUUGCGACAGCCGGGAGGGGAGGCAGGGCCCAGGACGCGAGGUGGCGACAAGUCGCGUUUGGCCCCAGGGGCUGUGGGGUCACCUUUUCCUCUCUCCUGCCACCCCAAGGCAUCUGCAUUUUGUGUUAUGCAAUGAGAGAGCACCUUGGCCUGGACCUCAAGCGACCCUCGUUCUAGUUCUGCCUUUGUCAUGUCCUAGAGCAGUGCCCUCAGAUCACUCCCUGGUGCCACCGCAGCCGAGUGUGCCUCGAAUCUGAAGAAAAUCUACACGGUACAAACGGUGCAGAUAUUCUGGAGUGUAUACAAUAACAUCCCUCCUGUGACCAGCCUGCCUUUGCGAUGUAGUUAUCACUUAAUGAGAGGAGAGAGGCGGCCGCUUUGGGAGGAGGAGAGUAAUGCAAAGGGUGGCGUGUGGAAGAUGAAAGUUCCCAAGGACAGCACGUCCACAGUUUGGAAAGAAUUGUUGUUAGCGACCAUUGGGGAGCAAUUCACAGACUGUGCUGCAGCAGAUGACGAGAUCAUAGGAGUCAGCGUGAGCGUGCGGGACCGAGAGGAUGUCGUCCAGGUGUGGAAUGUCAAUGCCUCACUAGUGGGCGAAGCGACCGUGCUAGAGAAGAUCCACCAGCUCCUGCCCCACAUAUCUUUUAAAGCAGUGUUUUAUAAACCCCAUGAAGAGCAUCAUGCUUUUGAAGGUGGACGUGGAAAACACUAAUUGCACUCUGUAAAGAAUUCUUUGUCCUUUGCUGAUUGGUUUUGGAAACGGUCUUAACAGGAGGGAGAGUCAAGAGAAGACUUGCCGAAGCCCGAUGCUGGUCCAUUUAGAGUGGGUUUCUGUCCUUGCAAACCGGGCCAUUAGGACUCAAAGUGGCAGGUGGGGUUGGGGAAGAAUGUGCGGGUUUCUGCCAUCAUAUCACUUGCUUUAAAGAGAAAGAGAGAGAGAGAGAGAAAGAAAGAGAGAGAAAAAGAAAGAAAGGAAAGAAAGAAAGAAAGAA